AUGAAUUUUCAUCUGAAGGCCGCUGUCCAUAAGGCGCGCUCUAUCCUGCGGCUGCCCGUUGUCGAUAGUCAUAUUGUCACUACCUCUGCCGCUGCCACUACUACUGCUGUAACUACCUCUACCUCCGCAACUUCUGCCACCACCGCCACCAUGCCGCGCAAAAUAAACGUGCUUCAUCUCUUCUACUGCGCCGCAUUCAAGCUCGACUCCAAUUCUGGCACCAGCACCACCAACAACGAUUAUGCGAAUUCUGAGACCGAGUUCGAGUCCGACACCGCAGCUCUCGCUAACGAAACUGCAGCCCGCCUUGUGGUCGAGACCAACCUCACCAAAGCUACACAUACGCUUUCCCAAUUGCGGCCUGAAAAGGUCCUGUACGAGGCCGGCUGCUACAUUGCUCAGACCACUUGUGCUGGGAUGGAGGACAAGAAUACGGCUUUAAGCAUCAAGGUUGAUGCUUUCCAGGCAGAGUUUGCCCUGUCGCAUUCCCAGGCCGAAACCGAGAUUGCGCGCUUGACUGCCCAGCUGCACCAGAAGGAGGAGUUCAUUUCGAGUUUCGAAAUGGUCAAGGCGGCGAUCACUGAGUGGGCCGAUUUGGCGACCCAGCAGCUUGCCUUUUUAAACAAAAGGCGCGAUGAGCUUAACUCCGAGCUUGCGCGAGCGGGCGAGCAGGACGCUGCCAUGCACAGUGAGGUACCCAGGCUUGGCGAAAAGCUCGAGGAUAUGACUCGCGUUGCGAGUAAACUCAAUGCCGAGCCUGUGGGCGAGAGGAAGUAG